AUGCCGUCCUCCGUGCACUCCCAAGACCAAGAUCAGUCAAUGAUGGAUGCCGCUCCGCAGGAGCAGGAACAAUACCAGGAGGAGGAGGAUCUCUUGGAGAUGGAGGAGAAGCGCAUAGUCGUUCUCCCUGGUGCCACCGAGACGGCUGCUUCGUUCCAGUUCGAAGGCGAAGGUCAUACAUUGGGCAAUGCGUUGCGGUUUUCGAUCAUGAAGAACUCCCAAGUUGAAUUCUGCGGUUAUACCAUCCCCCAUCCUUCGGAGCAGAAGAUGAAUCUGCGGAUUCAGACGACUGACGAAACCACCGCAACCGACGCCCUGCAAAAGGGUCUCGACGACCUCAUGGAUCUCUGCGAUGUCGUGACGGACAAGUUCACCACGUCGCGCGACGCUUUUAAUGCCGCUGAAGCGGACAAGAUGGCCUCGUGA